UGUCUUAUUGAACUGUUCAACGUAUACUUAAAUAUCCAUUAUUAUUAGAAUAAAUGUUUAUUUAUUCUAAUAAAAACGAUGAUAAUAAUAAUAAUUCAAUAUUAUUAUUAGAAAAAAUAAAAUUAAUUAAAACAAGGAGUAAAAUAAGUAAAUAUAUUAAUUCACUGCAAAAGACAUUAUUAAGAUUUUGUUCAAUCAUUUGAAUAUUUUAUUAAAACAUUCGAAAGAACAAUAUAAUAAAGUUAUUAUUUUUAUUUAAUUUUAUUUAUUUUUAAAUAAAUUUUUAUUUAGAUAUUUGAACUUAGUUUACCAGAAUUAUAUGCAUAUGGAGAAAUUGAAUGGAUUAAUAUUUAUCGAUUUAUUUCAAGAAAAAAUUAUCAAUGUUCAAAAACAUUUUGUUUCGUUUUCGACAUGGUUGUCUUUUAUUAAUCUGAUCGUUUUAUUCGUUUUUUACCAAUGAAUGAAUUACAAGUCAAAUUAUUAAAAGAUGAUAAUAAAUAUCAUGGUCAUACUUGGCAAUUAAUCCAAACAGAUUCAACAACUCACCUUCAAACAUAUUUUUGUUUUGCUAAUACAUAA